GGCACCCGUACAGAGCGGAGAACAACAAGCUAGGGUGCGCGCGCUCGCUUUGCGAAGUAAUAAAUGUGAUUGUGGAGCUUUGGCACUGCAGAGAGAGGCAGGUGACUAUGUUGAAAACGUCAGUGUAUUAUGAGUUAAAAAAAAAAAAAAAAAAGGAAUUACAUUUGGAGACUGACAUGUGUUACUUUAACGAUACACAGGAGAAUGUUUAUAAACGUUUGGGAAAUAACUAAUAGAAAUUAGACCGUGUCUAAAGUGCAAAAGUGGAUUGUAGCUACACAUUACAGUCGGAAUACAGUAUGCGCCUGACGGUCAAACACUAGCGCAAUCACCGUCAGAUCCAGAUAUCAUUUUUUUUAUUUGUGAUCAAAAACGCUUGCCAGUAGUUCACCGGAGGGAUUCUUGAAUUGUAACCCUCUGCACAUCAGUAAUACGUAUUGCGAUUAAAUAACACUGCCGAGACACCGGCGUUUUUUUACACAUACAAAAGAUGGCCUCUGUUUCCAGUUAUUUCACUGGCCCGGAGGAGUUAGAGGACACGAAUCACGCUCGCAGUUUACUCCGGGAACUGAAGCUUUUCUAUGAUUGUAAACUGCUCGUGGACGUGACGAUUGAAGUGGAGUCCUCGGAGCUGUAUCAGCACGCCUUACCGGGGAACAGCAGCAGCGUCAGCGCUAACGGGACGGGGAAGCUGUUUUCCUGCAACCGGAACGUCCUGGCAGCAGCCAGCCCUUAUUUCAAAAGCAUGUUUACCGGCGGACUGUAUGAAAGCAAGCAAAAGAAAGUGACUAUUCACGACGUGGACGCAGAGUCGAUGUCCCUCAUCAUUGAUUACUGUUACACGGGCAAGGUAACGAUCAGCGAGGGAAAUGUCCAGAGACUCUAUGCAUCAGCUAACAUGCUCCAGCUGGAAUACGUAAGGCAAGCGUGCUCCAACUUCAUGGCCAGGAGGCUUGACCUUUCAAACUGUGCAGGGAUCUUGAAGUUUGCAGACGCGUUUGACAAUCAUGAUCUGAAGGAGAAGGCUCGGGCGUUCAUUGCCCGGAACUUCCAGCACUUCUGUAAGAAAGGCAGGGAGCUUUGUGAGCUGAGCUUGAGCCAAGUGAAGGAAAUCCUCGCGUUGGAUACACUGGAUGUGGACAGCGAGAGGAAAGUGUGCUCGGUAGCCAUCCAGUGGAUAGAGGCAAACUUGACAGAAAAGGUGGGGAACGCAUUAGAGGUGCUGAAGUGUAUACGAUGGCACCACUUUACUGAGAAAGAGAAGGUGUACAUAGAGGGGCUGAAGUCUAAACCCUUCAUAAAGAAACAGUGCCUGGAAAUCCUGGAGGGAGUCACUGGAGCCACAUGCAGUGAGGUCACUGCAAGUUCGGAAAACCCUGCAAAGAGGAUCGGGAUGAGUGCCAAAGAAAUGAUCAUAUUCUUUGGACCGCCUAAGGAACCUUUUCUAUGUUACGACCCCUAUGCGGGAGAAAUCUUUACCAUGGUCUCCCCUUUGACUAACUUGGCCAUUGACACCUUUGCUGUUUGUGUUUCACCUGAAAAUGACCUGUAUUUGGCCUCGCAGCAUUCUAGGCGUCUCUGGAUUUAUAAUGCAGUGCAAAACAACUGGACAGAGCUGGAACAAAGACUGCUGGACAGGACGGAUAUGGACAUUGGGUACCUCAACGGGAACAUCUACAUCCUGGGUGGUCGCGAUCCAUUGACGAGUGCCAGGUUAAAAGAGGUGGAGUGUUAUAAUAUUCAGAGGAAUCAGUGGAGGCUUGUGGCUCCCCUGCCUCAUUCCUUGGGUAAAAUUGAAAUUGUAACAGUGAACGAUCACCUGUAUGUUGUCAGCAACAAAAGGAUGCUUUGCUUGGAGCCCGAAAGGAACCAGUGGCUCAACUGUGCCUCCCUGAAGCGGCCGGAGUUUCAGGAAGCCUGUGUGUUCCAGGAGCAGAUUUUCUGUAUCUGUGACAUCCCUGUCAUGAAAGUGUACAGCCCAGCCCGGGGAGAAUGGAGACGGAUUGGGGACAUUCCAGUCGAUGGCAACACCAGCAACUACCAGAUCGUCAGGCAUGGCAACAAGCUGAUGCUCAUCACAACCACCCUCCCUCACCGGAAUAAAAACAGGGUCACCAUUCAUGAGUAUGAUCCCACCAGCGACCAGUGGAUUAACAUGGGGACCAUGCUUGGAUUACUGCACUAUGCCUUUUCUUACGGGUUCAUCUGUUUUACAGCACGUAUUUACCCCACGCGUCUGGAGUCGGGGCAGAACUUUGUCACAGAGGAGGAUGAUGAUCGCAGCGGGUCCAGUGCGGACUGGGACUUUGAAGGACUGAGUGACGCCGACUCUGAGUCGGGCAGCUCCAGCUCGUUUUCAGAGGAUGAAAACUGGUAGCACUCUCAGCAUCCCCAUAUACACUGUAUUUAGAUUCAUAUAAUAUUUGUUUGACAGGUGUGCAUCAGUAAGUUACAAAUACAAGUAAUGUAGUGGGGGGUUUGUAUUUCAUACUUUUACAUUUGUUUAUUGGGUUUCAUUUUUAUUAUUGCUUGGCCCUUGAGAUUUUAAAACCUUGAAACCAGCCAUUACCAGUGCAGAAAGCUUAAAGAUGUGACUUGAUUAGCACCCAGACCUCAAUGUGGUAGCAUGCACUCUGAGAGGCAUCUUAACUGCUUUUUGUUUAUUUUAUUUUUGGCACGGGGGGACGGACAAAAAAUGUCCUGAUUCAGUACAGAACACUCGUGCGGCUUAGCAUGAGGUCCUAGCUGCUAACAAGAAGAAUGAAACUAGCUGACAGACAACAGCACAUGGACAAGUGCCACCUGGUUCAACUGGAUUUAGAUACCAAAUGGAAAAGAGGUGUCAGGUGCUUUGUUCACACAGCUCUUUGUGUGACUCAGAAGGAGUAGGUGUGAUGGUAAUGGACUUAAACCAAGGGGAAUGUGUAUCAGCCUUUAAUAUUUAACAACAUCUACAUCAGGGAGGAGGGGGAGGGGGAGGGGGGCGGGAGAUUUUUUUAUAGUUUUGUAUGGAAGGAAAUGCUUCAGAAUAGCCUACUUGCUUUGAAAUUGUUACUUUGCUACAACUCACAGCAGUUUGAUAAAAGCCCCUAAUAUUUUGAUAUGGCUUACAAGAAUUUUGUGACUAAAAAGUACAAGCCAUUUUGUGCUCUCAGUUAAUAAACUGUUCAUGACA